AUGUAUAUUAAAAGGGUGGUUAUUCGUGGCUUUAAAACAUACAAAAAUGAGACGGUUAUUGAAGACAUCUCUCCACAUCACAAUGUGGUUGUUGGUAGAAAUGGAUCAGGUAAAUCAAACUUCUUCGCAGCUAUUAGGUUUGUCUUGAGUGAUGCUUACACAAACUUGAGCCGGGAAGAACGCCAAUCUCUUAUACAUGAGAGUUCUGUCAACAUUAUUUCGGCCUAUGUUGAGAUAGUCUUUGACAACACGGAUCGCAGAAUUCCUAUUGCGAAGGACGAAGUUGCUAUAAGACGAACUAUUGGUAUGAAGAAGGACGACUACUCUUUAGAUUAUAAAAGUGCCACAAGGUCAGAAAUAGUUAAUAUCUUAGAAUCUUCUGGAUUUUCUAGAUCUAAUCCUUAUUAUAUUGUCCCCCAGGGUAAAGUCACAGCAUUAACCAAUGCGAAAGACUCAGAAAGACUAGAUCUAUUAAAAGAUAUAGCAGGUGCUAGAGUUUUUGAACACAAGCUGAAGGAAUCUCUCAAAGAAAUGGCAAUCACUGCAGAGAAACAAGAACAAAUCAAAGACAUGGUGUCUGAUAUUGAAAAAAGAUUGCAAGAACUAAACAUCGAAAAGGAAGAUUUGAAAGCUUUUGAAAUCUUAACUAAUAAGAAGAAGAUUUUAGAAUUCAACAUUUAUGACAGAGAACUAAAAGCACUAAACAAUCAGUUAGAUGCGUUAGAAAAUAACCAAAGUUUAUCAGCACAGGAAACGGAGUCAUUUACUUCUGAGUUGGAAUCUAGAGAGGCGCAAAUUUUGAGACUUGAAGCACAGUUGGAAGACUUCAAAUCUAAAAAACAGCUCUUUAAUAUUGAUUUAGAAAUGAAUACUAAAGAAACUGGAGAUAUUCUCCAGCAAAUAACAAACUUGAAUAUCCAGCUGCAGGAAGCUAGAAACGGUAACUCUAAUAUUAGACUAGAAUCUUACAAUGAAAGAAUUAGUGAAAUUGAAAACGAAAUAGCACUUACAACAGAAGAGCUCAAUGAAUCGAAAGAGAUACUGAGAAAGCUUAAGUUGGAAGAAUCAAAAUUAAAGCUUGAAAUGAAUAACCUGCGUCAAAAACAAUUGUCUAUUAUAUCCAAGAAAAAUCAAUCAACAAAAUUCAAUACCAAAACAGAGAGAGAUGCAUAUAUUCAAAACAAAAUUAAACAACUGGAUGAUUCAAAAAUCAAAAGAUCACACGAUUUGAGAAACCUUGAAAAGCAUUUGAAGGUUUCACAGACUUUACUUCAGGAAGCAUUAGCCGAAAAAGCACGUAUUAAGGUUGAUGAGUCUUUGUCUUCAACUAUAGACGAGCUAAAUCAUGAAAUUUCUUCCCUCAAAUCUGAGGCCAGGGCUUUGGUAGAUGACCGUAGUCUAUUAUGGAGAAAAGAGAGUAAAAUCAAUAGUGUCAUUGCUCUAAAAGAAGAAAAUUUAAUGACCGUUGAGCAAUCUCUCCGAGGAGGCAUCAACGCUUCAACCUUAAAUGCUCUUGAUACGGUGAAGUAUAUAGCGAAAAAACUCGGUCCCAGUAUCGAAAAUGGUAUCUAUGGUUACCUUGGUGAACUAAUUGAUGUUUCUGAGAAAUACAAAACCGCUGUAGAUGUCAUUGGCGGAAACUCGUUGUUUAAUAUCGUUGUGAACAAUGAUCAAACUGCGAGUAUUCUCAUUGAAGAGUUGAGGAAAGUUAAGCGCUCAAGAACAACAUUUAUCCCUCUCAACAGAUUGAGUAAUGAAAGUUUCGUUUUUCCUUCAGGAACUGACUUUGUUCCGUUAAUUAAAAAAAUUGCCUAUGAUGAUUUCUUGGCACCAGCGGUAAAACAAAUAUUUGGUAAAACUGUUUUAUGUGUUGAUAUCCAGAGAGGAUUUGAACUUUCGAACGAGUAUAAUGUCAACGCUGUCACAAUUGAUGGUGAUAGAUGUGACAAUAGAGGUGUCCUAACUGGGGGUUUUAGAGAUGUAAAAGUGUCUCGUAUAGAUUACCUGAAAAACCUCAGAGUUCUAAAAAACGAAAUAUAUAAGAGCAAGCAAGAGUUGAAAGUACUGAAGGAGGAAAUCAAUGGAAAGGAUUUUGCAAUCAAUGCGAACCAUCAAAAAUCGAUGAAACUGAAGAGUCUUUUGGACAUCAAAACGAAAGAAGCAAGUGACGUGGAAUCCCUACUUUCUAGGUUCAAUAAUAAAAUUGCACAACACUCACAAGAUAUUGCUUUUAUAGAACAAAAAAUAGAAGCUUGUAAGGCAUCAAUUGACUCGAUAGAAAAACAAAUUUCAAACUAUACCGACGAAAUUGAAUCAGUUUUUUCUCAAAAUACUUUUACUGAGCAUGACGAAACAACUUUGAAAGAGAUUUACUCCGAAUUGCCAUUACUUGAGAAGAAACAUCGUCAAGUAAUGUCUGAAAUUGAAGCUGUUGAUCUUAAGAUAUCAUCGGCAUCUACCUUGAUUUCCGAAAUUUUGAAUCCCCGCUACAAUAACUUAAAAUAUGAAAUUGAAGCACAGAGUUCUUCUGAAAAAGAUUCGGAUAACUUGAUCCGUGAUCUAGAGAGUAGUAUUAACAAGCUUAAGUUGAGGCAAAGUGAAUUGAAGAACGAAGGUGACAUAAUAACUUCAAAUCUUCUUGAAAUUAACAAGUCCAUUCAAGAAGAUGAAGAACGUCUGGCUGAGUUAAAUGCUGAACAAGAAAAGUUUAUUAAAAGAUUUGAAGACAUGGGGAAAUCUACUGAUAAAACUUUAUCCCAACGAGUUAGACUAAGAAACCGGAAACAUGAUUUAGAACGGAGCAUUGGAGAAUUGGGAAUUAUACCAGAAGACGCAUUAGUUGCUUUCGAAGAUGAGUCAACAUCUGGUUUAUCUAAAAAGCUUACCAAAAUCAACGAAAGCUUAAAAAAAUAUUAUCAUGUUAAUAAGAAAGCAAUGGAACAGUUUGCAAAGUUUUCUAGAGAAAAAGACUUUCUAGUUGAUCGACUCCUUGAGUUAGAUGAAGCUAAGGAUGCUAUUGAAAAUUUGAUCAAGGUACUUCAACAUAGGAAGAAUGAAGCAAUUAUUAGAGCAUUUAAGGAAGUUUCGUCAAGUUUUUCAAAAACUUUCGAAGCGCUUGUGCCUACUGGAAAGGGUAGGCUUGUGAUCUUGAAGAAAAGUAAGGAACAGGUGGAAAAUCCCCUUUCUCUGUCCCAGUAUCCAGACUCUAAUGGUCAAGAUGGUGAAAAUUCAGAUCUUGAGGAUUCUGCGGCAGAGGAAUCUGAGUCGGCAAAUGAUUUAAUCGAUUCUUACGUUGGUAUUUCGAUUUCUGUCUCGUUUAACUCUAAGAAGGAUGAACAACAACGACUUGAACAACUGUCAGGAGGCCAAAAAACAGUUUGUGCAUUGUCUCUUAUCUUGGCUAUCCAGAGCUGUGACCCAGCUCCUUUUUACCUUUUCGAUGAAAUUGAUUCAAACUUAGAUGCGCAAUACAGGACUGCAGUUGCCAACCUUGUGCACAAAUUAUCAAAGAAUGCACAGUUUAUCUGCACGACCUUUAGGUCUGAAAUGUUGAAAGUAAGUGACAAAUUCUAUGGUGUUAUGUUCAACAACAAGGUGAGUACCAUAUCCAGCAUUGAUUCUGAACAAGCACUUGAUUUUGUGGAAGAUCAGAAGCAAUGA